GAUGUUCGUGCUGGGCCGGGGCACUCCCUCUCCUCCUUAGGGCGGUGGCAGCGGCGGCGGCGGCAGGCCAGGCUCCCCGGACAUGGCGCUGAGAGAGCUGAAAGUUUGUCUGCUGGGGGAUACAGGUGUAGGUAAAUCAAGUAUUGUAUGGCGGUUUGUAGAAGACAGUUUUGAUCCAAACAUCAAUCCAACAAUAGGAGCAUCCUUUAUGACCAAGACUGUCCAAUAUCAAAAUGAGCUACAUAAAUUCUUGAUUUGGGAUACGGCUGGACAAGAACGAUUUCGUGCCUUAGCACCAAUGUACUACCGAGGCUCAGCAGCAGCUAUAAUCGUUUAUGACAUCACAAAAGAAGAAACAUUUUCAACAUUAAAGAAUUGGGUGAAAGAGCUUCGACAGCAUGGGCCACCUAAUAUUGUUGUUGCUAUUGCAGGAAAUAAGUGUGACCUUAUUGAUGUAAGGGAAGUCAUGGAAAGAGAUGCUAAAGACUAUGCUGAUUCCAUCCAUGCGAUUUUUGUAGAGACCAGCGCUAAAAAUGCGAUAAACAUAAAUGAACUCUUUAUAGAAAUUAGUCGAAGAAUUCCAUCAACAGAUACUAAUCCCUCAUCUAGUGGUAAAGGCUUCAAAUUAAGAAGACAGCCUUCAGAGCCAAAGCGAAGCUGUUGUUGACUGAUAUGCAGCAACUCAGACUUAAUUAUAAAGUAGGUGGUCCUGAAAGUUAAUGGGGGUGUUUUGAGUAUAUAUGUUUUGCAUUUUCACCUGAGUGAUCAUCGUACACAGAGAGCCUACAGAAAUCGACCGGUUUGUUUCUAGUAUCGUUGACUUCCUGAAGACUGCAGUUGUGAAAUUUCAGUCUGUUUACUUCUAUUAUGUAAAGAAUUUCUUGUAGUCAAAGAGAAUACGUAUUUGAAAUUUUGACUUUACUGAAGAGGAAUGUGUAAUUGUAUGGAUAGUAGCAUUAAAAUGUUUAAUAGUUUUGUAAUCAAGAUUUUAUGUCAUGUUUUGUAAAGGGAAAAUGAGCACUUUUGUGGUUCUUGAAAAAAAUAAGCCUUGUAGAAAUUGUAAUUUUGACACUUAGAUUACUUUUCUUCCCAUUAUCAUUGCUAUAGUGAGCUGUACCAUUUAAAAUUUGAGUGCAUAGCCGUAGUGAAAGGAGGGUAAUUGUUACUUUGUAUUCAAAAUAAUAAGUUAUUUAUAAAACUGAUGGAAAGGAUCUCAUCCCCUACCAUCCCUGAAGCACUUUUCAUUGAAGGUAUUAGCCAUGGAUGGAUACAUGCAAUGAAUUGAAAACAUUAAAUAAUCCUUUUUUUUUUUUUUUUUUUUUUUUUUUACUAUAAUUUAUGUUUAGGCAGAUGCAUCAUUGGCACCUUUUUAAAUAAGCUCUCACGAUCAAGAUGGUGGUAGUAGAUAACAUAGGUGAACACAUAGCAAACUGAAAAUGUUUUGAACUGACUGGCAAUAAAAAAAAAACAGUAGCAUAAA